UAGUUGUGCUGUGCCAAAACCGGGCGAGAAGUAGCGGGGACAGGUCAUUACCCGGGAGUUCCGUGCCUCUUCCCGCCCCACUUCGGCGCGCCCGGGCGUGACUCAAAGCGUGGGAGGGGGGGAAUGUGCAUUGUCCCACGAAUCGGGAUUAAGCUGGGAAACACGAAGAUUUUUUUUCGUAAUGAGGACAUAGAGUUACUUUUAAUGUUUACUUUGAUACUUAAGGAGGCGUAUGCUCUCCAAAUUGUCUUUCCAUUUCCCGUUAUAAUAAAUACUGCGUGCCUGAGACUGUGAAGGUGUUUUAAAAACUGGAUGUGCCCAGGAUGCUGCAAUAUUGUCAGUUGAAGUGAUUUUUGUCUUAAAAAAAGUGUGUGUAUAGGGACUUGAAAAAUAUAUUUUCUAGCAUAAGACAGGUAAUGAAUUUAUGCUGGAUUUCAGCAUCAGUGAAGUAAUCAGAUUUCAGUGGUUGGUAGCAACCUUGGGAAUAAAUGGUCACUUGUCCACGUGCUUGAGGUCUUAACUGUUUAUGUCGAGCUAGUUCUCUAGGGUCAGCUGACUGCUAAUUAUAAUUCAUCCUAGACCUUGUAGAAGUUGUAGCCUUAAUUAAUAAGCAGAGGUAAGAGCUAACGUUUAACCCAAGUCCCUUAGCAAGUUUUCUCUGCCUUUUUUGUGGCUCAUUCUGUUAAAAUUCAGCACACCUUUGUCUGAAGAGCAUUACUUGGUACAAUAAGGUACUAGCUUUAUUUACAGGAUUAGUACGUUAGUUUUUAUGUAUUAUAUAUACAUUAUCCUGUAUCUGCCUUAUAAUCAUUUAGUUUAACUCUGAAGUUGGAAAAUUAGGAACGAAAAUAAAGGGUAAUGUUGAGUACUGACUGUUUGCCAGGCCUGUGCCAAAUGGUACAUGCUUUAUCUCUAAUCUUCUGGGAUAACUUUUGCAUAAGCAUAAGUUGCUCAAAAAUUUUUGAAUACAUGGGUUUGAUUUGAAUAGGUCCAAAUGUGGAGUAUGUACGUUAAUUACUUUUGUUUCUGCUUUUGUAAAAAAGGUUGUUGGCGAUAUAAAAUGACUCAGACUAAAUUAAUAUGUUUUUCAAGUUGGAAGAUGGGUUUAAAAUUGCAUAGAACUGCAAUUAGUCUCUUUAUGUGGGUAUUCAGUAGUUUCUAAAGCACUGUGUCUCAUUUAUCCAAGUUCCCGUGACACACCAUCAUCACCCAAUGAAUAGGCUAUUCUUGGACAUUGGAAGAAGGUAAAUGUUGGGGAAGCCUAAUGGCCUUCUGAAAGGCCCCCUCCCAUCAUAUUUUUUCUAAGUGGCAUUCCUAAUUAGGAGUUGACAAAUGACAAUGAAACACGAAGAGUUAUUUUCCAAUACCAAACCAAGGAAAUAAAAAUCAGUGGAUUGGUUAUUACUUUGUUGAUGAAUCUAACUUUCAUGGGUAUAUUAAUGUUAAGAAUGUUAGAUUAUCUGCAUUGUAGGGUCUCUACCUAAUUUUUCAUUUUGCCUUUAAAUAUCAUAAGUAGUUUGGAGUCCAGUACAUUGUGCAUUAAGAAGUUAACAUUUUUGAUUGGAUUUAAUUGAGUAGUUUUGACUUCCUUAAUCAAGAAGUUUAUUUUGACUGUGUUUCCAAAAAUACAAUGUAAUGAUUUGUGUAGGCAUAACAAUGAUGAGAGCGAUGGUGAGGUCUAACAGUUUGCAUCUUGUGAGAGUAGAAGUAGUUGAAAAGGACUGGAGAGGACAAGGGAGAUCCUUGGAAAUGCGUCUUAUUUAUGAUAAGAGCAUAUUGGACUUAACCUGUCUCCUGAUUCUAGUGGCCCAUCAUUGGAGAGGAAGAGAUUGGGAAUGCUUUGCCAGUCAGUGUUUAUAAGAGGACUCCUUUACCGCCAGGCCUACUGUUUGGGGAGGGGAUAAGUGGAGAGUUGCCUUCAAUGGAAGGAUAUAAGAAGGAAAAAAUGCACAUACUUUCUUUUGGAGGUAAUACUUCCACCCAUCGUGACUAACUGAUUUUUGUCAUCUUGUCACCACAUGCAUCUUCAGGCACUUUCCUAGUAGAUAUUUGGUAUUUGUGUGGGCAGCCGCUAGUAGAUCGAGUAAAGGAAGGAAAAGGGGGGUGGAUUGGAGGUGGAGACAAAGCUCAAGGGUGUACAACAAAGCAUUAAUAGGCUUUUCAUUUGGGCAGAAUUUAGGAACUGGGCCUUCAAUGGCCUCUGUUAUGAAAAUCAUUCCAGUAGUAUUAACUUUAUGUGUUUAAAAUCUUUUGUAUGUUAUUUGUAUCCAGAAAUAUGGAGAAUAUCUGUUUGAUGUGUUUUAUAAACAGUGGAACAUUUAGAAUACAGUAUAUGAAAGCUGCUGAAUUUUUCAUGGCAGCCAUUUCUGUAUGUUUGUCAUUGUUGGAAAGUUAGAGUGACCAUAAUGCCAGCAUUGGCUUCUGUUUGUAAGGCAUUUAAGCAGUGUCGGUUCAUCGUUUGGGAAGACAAGCUCUUCUCAUUCCUUCAAAACUUGGCUCUCACGUGGAGUGCCCUUUAAAGCUCCAGAGUGCGGGGAUCUCUUCUGUCACUCAUUGACAUAUCUCCAGAGCCUAGAACAGAGUCUGACAUCUGGAACGUACUCAGUGACUAUGUGGAAUGAACAAAAGUACAUUGGAAUUCUCUUUUCUUUUCAGUACUGAAGAUCCCACUUAACUUUAGGGGCUGGGCCACUCCAGCUUUACCAUCUCCACAGAAUCUGCAGCCCACAAUAAGCCCUUUGAAUGUUAGAUGUUUAUGCCACAUACUUGGGCAUUUAAUCCUUUAUGGCUUUCUACUAUUACAUAAGCAUUUCCUUGUUUGUUUUGUUUCCCCACCUAAAGUAGAGGCUCCUCAAGGGCAGAGAAUAUAUAGUUAUAAGGUACUGUGUUUCCUUCUUUAUCCGGAAUAAUAAUAUAUGCACAGUAGGUUUGUAUUUACUUACUGAAUGAAUAUUAAAUACCAUAGGGGAGUUGUCAAAGAUACUGAAAAUGUGGUUCCAGUCUUCAAGUAGGUAGUAUUUUAAUAGGCAAACAUUGUGUACACAUGUGAAACAGUAUGAGAAUUUGUAGCUAAAUGAAACAACGUAAUAAUAAGAGCUAACAUUUAUGUAGUGCUUAAAAUGUGCCAGAUACUGUUCCAGGAGCCUUUGCAUGUUAAUUUAUAUGAAUCUCAUAACAAUCUUUUGAAGUAAUAGGUACAGUUAGAAUCCCCUUUUUAAAAUGAAGAAACUGAAGCACAGCAAGGUAAUUAAGUCACUUGCCCAAGAUCACAAUGCAAACAGUAAGUAGGGAGACUGGCUAUGAACCCAGGGAGACUGGUCUGGCCCCCCAGUCAGUGUCGUUUCUGUGGGGAAUUUACUUUAUCAAAGAAGAGAGAUCUAAAAGUUGGCACUACUUUUUCGACUUAUGUAAAAGGCUCUUUUUCAGAUUUCAAAGUAGCAUAAAAGAUUGCGAUGACUGUGCUGCAGAAACAAUGCUGUGGAUUUUCCAAAUACAAGUGGUUGACAAAUGGUUACAGGGCAGUGUGUUUUGAAAUGACUAAAGGCAAGGGGAGAGAUACUGAAUUUUGAAUCUAGAGCUGAAAGAGGAUUAUAACUUUUCGUAGGCAUUGAAUUCUAGGACAGUGAUUCAGCAGGACUUAGGACGAUGACUGUUGAAGUUAUUAAUUUAGUGUCAAAAAAUUUCCGUGAAAUAUAAUAUUGAAUGAUACUUGAUGUCUUACUGCUUUUCUUUUUUAAACACUUACUAGAUUUCAUCCCUAGUGGUAGUAAUUUACCAGGAAGUGACUGUUACUGAAAGUUUCCUAUGCACUUGUCUCCAUUUGCUUUGUCCUUACGUGGAAUCUCGAUCCACUUUUUCAGCUUGUCUUGGGCAAUAGAGAAUACUGUUGGGGCCAGGAGGCCUCUUCAAACCAAGAAAUAUUUCUUUGGUGGAAAAAAAUGUAAAAUCGAGCUGGUGAUUGGGUGACAGACCUGAAGUGAAGUCAUUUUGAAGCUGUGUGGAAUUGGAUGAGGGGCUGCAAACAGAAGCCCGCAAGACGAAGAAAAAUGGGGUUCUCUGAAAGCCCGCUUUUGUGUCCCUUUUGUCAGGAACUGACAGUAUUGUUUUGGGGGUGUUGGGCAUCACCACAGUCACUGAGCCUAAAGGACUCCAGAGAUAAGGGGGUACAUACAUCAGCACCCCCACUGUCCAGGAAUCAGAGGAGGAAGUGCCCUUGAAUGAAGCAUGGGCCGCAAACCUGGUUAGCAGCCAGGGAGGACACACGCGCUGCAGGCAUCUUAUUUUGGAAACAGCACAGUUUGGCUUCCAUGUCAUCUUUGAAUAUGAGAGAGAAUCCUACUUUGAGCAUGUCUUCAACAGAGAGCAGAGAACCAGGAGGAGACAUCACAGCUUUCCCAGAUUGGGAGGAAAAAUAUGGAAUGUGUUUUACCGCUGACUGAACACAACCAAAUGAACUGUACUGACAGUAGUUUGAAAACCAGCAGUUAGCAGUUUGUUCAGGCUCUAACAUUGUCCAGCACUUUCCAGAGCAAACUCACUGUUUACAAGAACUCUCGGCCUUACGACGUUUAUAACCUCAAGCUUCGUUUAUUUAAAAUAUUUCUGCAAAAGAAAAGCACCCGGAGCCCACUUUCUAACAUGGCCAUGGAUGAGUAUUUGUGGAUGGUCAUUUUGGGUUUUAUCAUAGCUUUUAUCUUGGCGUUUUCUGUGGGUGCGAACGAUGUUGCCAAUUCAUUUGGUACUGCUGUGGGCUCUGGCGUGGUGACCUUGAGGCAGGCAUGCAUUUUGGCUUCAAUAUUUGAAACCACCGGCUCAGUGUUACUGGGAGCCAAAGUGGGAGAGACCAUUCGAAAAGGUAUCAUUGAUGUGAACCUAUACAACGAGACAGUAGAAACACUAAUGGCUGGGGAAGUUAGUGCAAUGGUUGGUUCAGCAGUUUGGCAGUUGAUUGCAUCCUUCCUGAGACUGCCCAUCUCAGGGACUCAUUGCAUUGUUGGUUCCACCAUAGGAUUCUCACUUGUCGCAAUUGGUACACAAGGUGUGCAGUGGAUGGAGCUCGUCAAGAUUGUUGCUUCUUGGUUUAUAUCUCCACUGUUGUCUGGUUUCAUGUCUGGCGUGCUGUUUGUACUGAUCAGAAUUUUCAUCUUAAAGAAGGAGGACCCUGUUCCCAAUGGCCUUCGGGCACUCCCAGUGUUCUAUGCUGCUACGAUAGCAAUAAAUGUGUUUUCCAUCAUGUACACAGGAGCACCAGUGCUUGGUCUGGUCCUUCCCAUGUGGGGAAUAGCACUCAUCUCCUUUGGUGUUGCGCUGCUGUUUGCCCUUUUUGUGUGGCUCUUUGUGUGUCCAUGGAUGCGGAGGAAAAUAGCAGGCAAAUUACAAAAAGAAGCUGCUUUAUCGCGAGUGUCAGAUGAAAGCCUUGGGAAAAUUCAGGACGUGGAGUCCCCAGUAUUUAAAGAGCUACCAGGUGCCAAGGCCAAUGACGACAGCACCGUCCCUCUCACGGGGCCGGCAGGGGAGCCAGCUGGGACCUCAGAAGGCACCUCAGUGGGAAACCACCCCCGGGCCUCCUAUGGGAGGGCACUCUCCAUGACUCACGGCUCUGCAAAGUCGCCCAUCUCCAACGGCACCUUCGGCUUGGACGGCCACACGCGGAGCGACGGCCACGUGUACCACACAGUCCACAAAGACUCGGGGCUCUACAAGGACCUGCUGCACAGAAUGCACACGGACAGGGGCCCCGAGGAGAGGCCCGGCCCCGAGAACAACUACAGGCUGCUGCGCCGGAACAACAGCUACACGUGCUACACGGCCGCCAUCUGUGGGAUGCCCGUGCACUCGACCUUCAAAGCCGCUGACUCGGCCUCCGCCCCCGAGGACAGCGAGAAGCUGGUGGGCGACGCCGUGUCCUACUCCAAGAAGAGACUUCGCUAUGACAGCUACUCGAGCUACUGCAAUGCGGUGGCGGAAGCCGAGAUCGAGGCCGAUGAGGGAGGUGUGGAAAUGAAGCUGGCAUCGGAGCUGACAGACCCUGACCAGCCCCGAGAGGACCCUGCAGAAGACGAGAAGGAGGAGAAGGACACAGCCGAGGUCCACCUUCUGUUCCACUUCCUGCAGGUCCUCACUGCCUGUUUUGGAUCCUUCGCUCACGGUGGCAAUGACGUGAGUAACGCCAUCGGUCCCCUGGUAGCCCUGUGGCUGAUUUACGAGCAAGGCGCCGUCCUGCAAGAGGCAGCGACCCCCGUCUGGCUGCUGUUUUACGGAGGAGUUGGUAUCUGUACCGGUCUCUGGGUCUGGGGGAGGAGAGUGAUCCAGACCAUGGGGAAAGACCUCACGCCCAUCACGCCGUCCAGCGGCUUCACCAUUGAGCUGGCCUCCGCGUUCACAGUGGUGAUCGCCUCCAACGUCGGGCUUCCCGUCAGCACCACGCACUGCAAGGUGGGCUCGGUGGUGGCCGUGGGCUGGAUCCGCUCCCGGAAGGCCGUGGACUGGCGCCUCUUCCGGAACAUCUUUGUGGCCUGGUUUGUGACUGUCCCUGUGGCCGGGUUGUUCAGUGCUGCUAUCAUGGCUCUCCUCAUGUACGGGAUCCUUCCGUACGUGUGACUUGUCUUCUUCCAUCCAGCGCACGAGGGGUAGUCUGGUGUGGGGACGUGUGCACGGCGUGUCGCAUGUGUCCUGCCCGUGCACGGGCUGUCCCCCCGCCAGCUUCUCCGCGCCCCUUUCCUGUGGUUCCAAACCACACCGUUCACCUACACUGUAGCGAGUCAUCCUCCAGAGCUAACUUAACUACUGUACAUAGUCAUGUGCAUUAAACUGGUAUCGUGGUGACAUCACGUGGUGCAGUUACGUAUCUGGUGAAUAUAUACUGUAUACAUAGACUAGAUAGCGUUAUUUCCAACAUAUUCCAGAUGGGAGUGGAGAUAUAUUGCCUAGAACUCAAUAUUCUACAAAUCUGUGUACGUCAUGAUUUCAGUGGCAAAUUUCAAGAACCUUUUAAAAGGAAAGUGUAGAUUGGAAGGUGACGUUUUCCCCAUUGAACAUCCUGUAAGAUAUCGAGACUCGGGCCGGCUGGUGCACAUUUGGGCAGGUGUGCUCUUGCGUAAUACCGGGCUAGGAGUUCCCAAGUGCUUUCACUAGGAGUCUGUUCAUAUACUGUGUAUUGAUUAUGUAAGAUAUCCUAAUUGCUUCUGUAAAUACUUAAAACUGUAAUUUUUUAAUGGUGUGCUUCCCUGUACUUUUUUGAUCAGAGAAUUUUGGAAAGUACCAAAGAAGCAGGGGAAUAGUUUGCCAGUAUUAUAUUUUCAUAUUGUCUGUCUCCCCUUCUCAUUGAUCCUACCGUUAGCCUGUGCUGUAGGGAGACCGCGGGCUCCGGCCUGCCCCCUCUCAGUGCGGGUGCCGAAGCACCAGCCCCCCCCAAGCACGUACAGGGCCUACUUCCGGUCCCCCCGCCCCCCGCCCACUGCCGCCACAUGCCAGAUGCUGGUGAACCGCGCGGGGGCCCUUCAUCGUCGUCCGUGUGGAGGAUGCACGUAGGUGAGGCUGCGUGAUCAAGCUCCACAUGUCAAGUCCAGUUUAAAUUCUCCCCCUGUUCUCCCCCCGCGGCCUGAAGAACAGAAUUCUUGUCUCAAACACUAAGGCGAGUGCUAGGGCAGUCUAGAAAUUCAGGAGCAGGGAGAGUCGGAGUGUUAGACAGUACACUGGAUUUGAGGAUUUCCUCGAGGCCUUUACUAAGCGGACCGUCGUGGUGCCCUGCUGUAGCCCCACUGGGCUCUUUGUCGAUAGCGGGAGGGGGGAGUAUGACUAAUGUGAGAGCCUGAAACUGUGGAAAUGCUGCUACAAUUUUUAUAUUGACAAACGUUUUCUUGGUACUUCAUUGUGAUUUUUCAUUAAUCAACCACAUUAAAUUUAUAAUAAAAAAUGCCCCUCGAAA